ACCACACAAUGAACCCCAUCAAACUGCAUCACUGUAUGUAUCAAAAGAAUAAGAGAAUCUCAUUUCUUAAAUUUUAUUUAACACUAUUUAGCCCUUCUUUAAUUUUUUGCUCAGCUUUAACUUUCUCUUUUUCUGUUUCCUUCUCAUUCAAUUGAAAGAUCAGGUCUUUCUUUUUCUGAUUUUUCAUUAAUCACCAUUUAGUACUGCCUUAGUUUAAAGAUGUUUCAAAGAUGCUCAAAGAAAAUAUGCCCAUUUGUAUUUCUUGAAGAUCUCUUCUUGUUUGCUUCUAUUGCCUCAUAAAGCUUCAAUCUUUGGGCAAAGAAAAGUCCUUUCUUGAGUCUAUUCUUAGAGCUAUUGUUUUGGUGGGAGGGUCUUUUUAGCUGGGGUUUGAGGUUUGUAAGAGAUGAUGGCAAUGUCCUGCAAGGAUGGGAAGGGAGUUAUGGACAAUGGUAAGUAUGUCCGAUACACACCGGAGCAGGUUGAAGCCCUUGAGCGUGUUUAUCAUGAAUGCCCAAAACCCAGUUCUAUUCGUCGCCAGCAGCUCAUCAGGGAGUGCCCGAUACUGUCUAACAUUGAGACCAAGCAGAUUAAAGUUUGGUUUCAGAAUCGAAGAUGCAGAGAAAAACAGAGGAAAGAGGCGUCACGACUCCAAUCAGUGAACAGAAAACUUAAUGCUAUGAACAAGCUCUUGAUGGAAGAAAAUGAUAGAUUGCAGAAGCAGGUGUCACAUUUGGUGUAUGAGAAUGGCUACUUUCGUCAACAUACACAAAAUGCUGCCCUUCCCACUAAAGAUUCCAGUUGUGAAUCUGUGGUUACAAGCAGUCAACAACACUUGACAUCUCAGCAUCCUCCAAGAGAUGCUAGUCCUGCAGGGCUUUUGUCCAUUGCAGAAGAGACUUUAACAGAGUUUCUUUCAAAGGCUACUGGAACAGCUAUAGAGUGGGUCCAAAUGCCUGGAAUGAAGCCUGGUCCGGAUUCCAUUGGAAUCGUUGCUAUUUCUCAUGGUUGCCCUGGUGUGGCAGCACGAGCCUGUGGCCUGGUGGGUUUAGAGCCUACAAGGGUAUCAGAGAUCCUCAAAGAUCGUCCAGCUUGGUGUCGCGAUUGCCGAGCAGUGGAUGUUCUGAAUGUGUUACCCACUGCCAAUGGUGGCACCAUUGAAGUGUUAUACAUGCAGCUAUAUGCGCCAACAACUUUGGCUCCGGCUCGUGACUUUUGGCUAUUACGUUAUACUACUGUCAUGGAGGACGGGAGCCUAGUGGUAUGUGAAAGAUCUCUUAGCAAUACUCAGAAUAGCAGCAUGCCACCGGUGCUUAGUUUUGCACGAGCUGAAAUAUUGCCCAGUGGAUAUCUUAUCAGACCUUGUGAUGGAGGCGGUUCAGUCAUUCACAUUGUCGAUCAUAUGAAUUUGGAGGCAUGGAAUGUGCCUGAAGUAAUGCGACCAUUGUAUGAAUCCUCAACAGUACUUGCUCAGAAGACUACAAUGGCGGCUUUACGACAUUUGAAGCAGAUAUCUCUGGAGGUUUCUCAGUCUAGUGCCGCAAAUUGGGGCCGCCAACCUGCAGCUCUAAGAGCACUUAGCCAGAAAUUGAGCAGGGGUUUUAAUGAGGCAAUAAAUGGAUUUGCUGAUGAGGGAUGGUCCUUGAUGGGAUCUGAUGGAAUGGAUGAUGUGACUAUCCUUGUGAACUCUUCUCCAGACAAACUUCUGGGUUUGAAUAUGUCCUUCUCAAAUGGACUUCCAUCCAUCGGCCAUGUAGUGCUAUGUGCAAAAGCUUCAAUGCUUUUACAGAAUGUGCCUCCUGCAAUACUCGUAAGGUUUCUGCGAGAACACAGAUCAGAAUGGGCUGACUGUAAUGUCGACGCAUACUCUGCGGCAGCUGUUAAAAUUGGACCUUGCAGCUUCCCAGGGUCUCGAAUGGGAAAUACCGGGAGUCAGGUUACUCUUCCACUGGCUCACACUAUUGAGCAUGAAGAGUUGCUGGAGGUUGUCAAGCUGGAAGGUAUGGUCCCCUGCCCUGAAGACUCGAUAAUGCCUAGAGACAUGUUUCUUUUACAGCUGUGUGGUGGAAUGGAUGAAAAUGCAUUUGGAACGUGUGCUGAACUCAUAUUUGCUCCCAUAGAUCCUUCUUUUGCUGAUGAUGCACCACUUUUACCUUCUGGUUUCCGUAUCAUAUGUCUGGACAGUAAAAAGGAGUCAUCCAGCCCUAAUCGCACCCUUGAUCUUGCUUCUGCUCUUGAGGUCGGGUCGGCAGUUAGUAAAGGAUUUGGCGAAUAUAAUGAUGGUAGUGGCAGUACAAGAUCUGUGAUGACGAUAGCUUUUGAAUUUGCAUGUGAGAGCCACAUGCAAGAUACCGUGGCAUCUAUGGCUCGCCAAUAUGUUCGCAGCGUUAUUUCAUCAGUUCAGAGAGUAGCAUUAGCAUUAUCUCCAUCUCAUUUAAAUGUAUAUGGUAGUCUUCUGCCAUCACUCGGGACUCCAGAAGCACAGACACUAGCACGAUGGGUUUGCCAUAGUUACAGGUGUUACUUGGGUUCGGAGUUAAUUAAAACUGCUGGUGAAGGAAGUGAUUCUAUCCUCAAAACUCUGUGGCAUCACCCAGACGCAGUCCUUUGCUGCUCCAUAAAGGCAAUGCCAGUUUUCAAUUUUGCAAACCAGUCUGGUCUUGAUAUGCUGGAGACGACCCUAGUUGCCCUUCAGGACAUUACUUUAGAGAAAAUCUUUGAUGACAAUGGAAGAAAGAGUCUUUCCUCCCAACUACCACAGAUAAUGCAGCAGGGCUUUGCUUGCCUUCAAGGCGGCAUAUGUUUAUCCAGCAUGAGCAGGCCAAUCUCGUACGAACGCGCAUUGGCAUGGAAAGUGCUGAACGAAGAAGAAAACGCCCAUUGCAUAUGCUUUAUGUUCAUCAACUGGUCAUUUGUCUGAGUAGACUUUUCUGCUCUUAGACAUUUACCCUUGUAUUUCCUUUUUUGCUUAGUCCUACAAAACUUGUAAACUCAUUUCCUUUCAUGUUGAUGAUGAUGGUCUAAACUCUGAAGGAUAAAACUUCAGUUAGCACUGCUUGAUUUAGGACUUGGAUUUAUGUAUGCAGUUGUUUCUCCAUGCAGUGUCUUCAUAAUUAAAAAUAUUCCAACA